UCUCCGCGGGGAGUGGGUGAGUCCUGCUCUCCACAGUCGGACGCUGACAGGGUUGCGAUCGCGCGACCCCAGGCUUGCUGCGCCGAACAAAAAGCAGGGAUCUCCUAGGACUCGUAUUCGGAGGAACUACUCCAGCAACACUGCUCUGGUCCUGUCAUUUCACAGGCCUGGCCCCAGCAGAGUGGCUGACCCAGACCCUGACUGCCAAGCAUCUAACAGCCGAGACUACUCAGGACCAUACCUCCCAGCUGUGUGGCUUUGGACCCGUCAUCUAACCUCUCUGGGCCUCAAGGGAGCUCCAGGGCCGGCAGGAUGGGGUCAGCCUGCAUCAAAGUCACCAAAUACUUCCUCUUCCUCUUCAACUUGCUCUUCUUUAUCCUAGGCGGAGUGAUCCUGGGCUUCGGGGUGUGGAUCCUGGCCGACAGGAGCAGUUUCAUCUCUGUCCUGCAGGCCUCCUCCACCUCGCUCAGCGUGGGCGCCUACAUCUUCAUCGGCGUGGGGGCCGUCACCAUGCUCAUGGGCUUCCUGGGCUGCAUCGGCGCCGUGAACGAGGUCCGCUGCCUGCUGGGGCUGUACUUCAUCUUCCUCCUCCUGAUCCUCAUCGCCCAGGUGGCUGCUGGCGUCCUCUUCUAUUUCAACAUGGACAAGGUGAAGCAGGAGAUGGGCAGCAUCGUGAUCAAGCUCAUUCGGGACUACAAGGACGGCCAGGAGGACAGCCUGCAGCAGGGCUGGGACUACGUGCAGGCUCAGGGCAAGUGCUGUGGCUGGGUCAGCUUCUACAACUGGACCGAAAAUGCUGAGCUCAUGAACCGCACCACCGUCACCUACCCCUGCUCCUGCGAGAAGAAGGGGGAGGACGACAGCCCCCUCGUGAAGAAGGGCUUCUGCCAGGUUUCCAACGGCAACGGGACCCAGAGUGGCAACGGGACCCAGAGCGGCAACAGUCCCGAGCAGUGGCCCGUGUAUGAGGAGGGCUGCAUGGAGAAGGUGCAGUCGUGGCUGCAGGAAAACCUGGGCAUCAUCCUAGGCGUGUGCGUGGGCGUCGCUGUCAUUGAGCUCCUGGGGAUGCUCCUGUCCAUCUGCUUAUGCCGGAAUGUGCACUCCGAAGACUACAGCAAGGUCCCCAAGUACUGAGGCAGCUGCUGUCCCCACCUCCCUGCCUGUCCCCCAACCUCAGGGCUCCCAGGGUGUCCCUGGCUCCCUCCUCCAGGCCCUCCCCGCACCUCACUGCCAAGGCACCUGUGCGCCCCGUGCUGCUGGAAGUGAGGGGCUGUCUGGGGCCUGGAUGCCUCCCUGCCUUUCUGCCUCCAGCCUUGAGCCCGGCUGCGCUGUGGCUCCUCCGCUCGCUGCCCACCAGGGUUCUCUGAGCAACUCAAGGAAAACCCUCCCUGCAGCGUCUCUGCGCAGGUGGGCUGGGUUUCUGCCUGCCUUGGGGGAUGUAUAUAUUGUAUGGGGGGAAGGGUAUUAAAAAUGGGGGGCGGGGUAGAUAAGGCACCCUGAGCUGUCAGGGGACUACCCACUGCGUGGGUCAACUGUUUUCCACUAUAAGGCUUAUACCGUUGGCUUUCAUAUUUUCAUUAAAGGUUGUGGGAAAGGGUAAGCUUUACCUGACAUUAGGGACGGCACCCCUUCCCCAGGCCUGACCCAGCCCCACCCAGGCAGCUCAGAUCUGCCUGGCCCAACUCGUGGGAGCAAGGCCUAGCUGGGCCAGGCUGAAGGGGGCUGGGCCUGGCCCUGGGCUGCUUAGGGCAUCAGAGGGGUACGUCCUCGGGGCAUGGCACGAGCUGGCCCUGCCUUUGCUGGGACCCGAGCUGUUCAGGAGUGAGUGGGUGAGGCUGUGCUUUGUAGGGCAAGGAGGGCUUCGAGCACCGCUCUGUAAAGCAUGCUGCGGGUCUGAAGACUGACGAUUAAAGAGGAUUUGUAAGAA